UACUUGAUGACACUUCUUUCUUGUGCUUAGGGUUUUUAUAUCUCCAUAGGUAUUUUGCAUCCGUAUCUAGGGUUUCCCUCGUUUUUGCAUCUCUCUGCGUACUCUACAAUGGCCAUCUAUUUCUCAGAUCUCCACACAGAAGUUGGUCUUAAAUCUCUCGAACAAUACCUGUCUGGGAAAACCUAUAUUUCUGGAGAUCAACUCACCAGGGAUGAUAUCAAGGUUUAUGCCGCCGUUUCAGAAAAACCGGGCAAUGGAUUUCCUAAUGCGAGUCGGUGGUACGAGUGUGUUUCUUCACAAUUAGCUGCAAGGUUUCCCGGAAAACCUGCUGGAGUCAAGAUAGCUGGUCAAGCUGCCAAAUCUGAGCCUACACCAGUGGAGGCAAAAAAGGAUGCUCUUGAGGGAGAUGAUGAUGACUUGGAUCUCUUUGGUGAUGAGACUGAGGAGGAAAAGAAAGCAUCAGAGGAGAGGGAGGCAGCUGCUAAGGCAUCCACCAAGAAGAAAGAGAGUGGAAAAUCCUCUGUUCUUAUGGAUGUUAAACCUUGGGAUGAUGAGACUGACAUGAAGAAACUAGAAGAGGCUGUUCGCAGCAUUGAAAUGCCGGGCCUUCUGUGGGGAGCAUCAAAACUGGUACCUGUUGGUUAUGGGAUUAAAAAGCUACAGAUUAUGUUAACUAUUGUUGAUGACCUUGUCUCAGUGGACAACCUAAUUGAGGAUCAUCUCACAGCUGAGCCUGCCAAUGAAUAUAUACAAAGCUGUGACAUUGUCGCCUUCAACAAAAUCUGAGACCAAAGCAUAGCUGUAAUUUUAUUUUCUAGGUUAGUAUUUCCCCUUUAUGAAGGUAUGUUUGUCAUGGUUGCCUAGGUUUACCAUUCUUCUUUCCCCAAUUUUCUUUUUUAUCAGGCUUACAUGAGAUGGACUAUUAUGCCCAAUGGACGGGAGAUUCCCAUUGUUGCCCACUAAAAUCAUCUCAUAAAAGCCUUCAGGCAUAUGGAAUUGAGAGAAUGCUUUCGAGUGAGCUAAAUAUAAUCUUGCGGUUGUGUAUUCA